UGAUGCUGAACGGGCCCAGCUGGGAAGAAAGAAGAAAGGGAGGGGAGGGGAGAUCGAGGACGGCCGGCCUAGGCAGGCCGAGAAUGCAAUUUCCCCCGUGGUGGGAGCUGGGAGACCCUUGUGCUUGGACAGGACAGGGUCGGGGGACACGCAGGAUGAGCCCCUGGACCACUGGCACCUUCUUGCUGACAGCUUUUUUAUUAAGCUCUGCUGAUGGCAUAAGUGGAACAGUUAACUGGAAGACCAAACAGGCCAACAAUUUUAUUAUCAGCAGAAAAAUGGCUGCUGGGAAGAAACAUGUGUACACCAUCUUCUCGAAGGUGCACUCUGAUCGCGAUGUGUACCCAUCUGCUGGUGUCCUCUUUGUUCAUGUUUUGGAAAGAGAGUCUUUUAAGGGAGAAUUUCCACCUUACCCCAAACCUGGCGAGAUUAGUAAUGAUCCCAUAACAUUUAACACAAAUUUAAUGGGUUAUCCAGACCGACCUGGAUGGCUUCGAUAUAUCCAAAGGACACCCUAUAGUGAUGGAGUCCUGUACGGGUCUCCAACAGCUGAAAAUGUGGGGAAACCAACAAUCAUUGAGAUAACUGCCUACAAUAGGCGUACCUUUGAGACUGCAAGGCAUAAUUUGAUAAUUAAUAUAAUGUCAGCAGAAGAUUUCCCGUUACCAUACCAAGCGGAAUUCUUCAUUAAAAAUAUGAAUGUGGAAGAAAUGCUGGCCAGCGAGGUUCUCGGCGACUUCCUUGGGGCGGUGAAAAAUGUGUGGCAGCCGGAGCGUCUGAAUGCCAUAAACAUCACGUCGGCCCUGGACAGGGGCGGCCGGGUUCCGCUCCCUAUCAAUGACAUGAAGGAGGGCGUGUAUGUCAUGGUUGGUGCAGAUGUCCCGUUCUCUUCUUGUUUACGAGAAGUGGAAAACCCACAGAAUCAAUUGAGAUGCAGUCAAGAAAUGGAGCCCGUAAUCACCUGUGAUAAAAAAUUUCGUUCUCAAUUUUACAUUGACUGGUGCAAAAUUUCGCUGCAAGCUUAUGGUUUGUUAACAUCUGCACUAGAGGUUGAUAAAACAAAGCAAGUGUCCACCUUUCAGGAAGUGAUUCGCGGAGAGGGGAUUUUACCUGAUGGUGGAGAGUACAAACCCCCUUCCGAUUCUUUGAAAAGCAGAGACUAUUACACGGAUUUCCUAAUUACCUUGGCUGUGCCCUCGGCAGUAGCAUUGGUCCUUUUUCUAAUACUUGCUUAUAUCAUGUGCUGCCGACGGGAAGGCGUGGAAAAGAGAAACAUGCAAACACCAGACAUCCAACUGGUCCAUCAUAGUGCUAUUCAGAAAUCUACCAAAGAACUUCGUGACAUGUCCAAGAAUAGAGAGAUAGCCUGGCCCCUGUCAACGCUUCCUGUGUUUCACCCCGUGACAGGGGAAAUCAUACCUCCUCUCCACGCAGACAGCUAUGAGAGCACUAACAUGCCAUUGAUGCAAACACAGCAGAACUUGCCACAUCAGACUCAGAUUCCCCAACAGCAGACUACAGGCAAAAUACACUAAAGCCUUUUCAGGACUCCAAAUUCACAUCCAAACAUGUCAACAGCUUACAAAGUGCAGAAUUUUAUGAUCUAUGUCAGGCGCAGAUGGUUCUCCUUGGAUGUGACUCCUCUUGAUACGGAGACGUAUAUACUAAAACCGUGAGUAAUAUGCCCCACUCCCGGAACCCAUCACAGAAUGGUGGGACAGGGACUUGAUAAAUACGAUGCAUGCUUCCUUAAAAAAAAAAAAAAAAGAAAAAAGAAGGCUUAGGGGACAUAUAGCAGUAAUUGAUUUGUUUUCAGUUGCUGUACAGAAAUUUUCACAAAUUUAGCAGCUUAGAACAAA